AGUGAUAGACCGACGAGAGGGAGUGGGCGGAGCGGGCGCCGGAUGUGACGUUUCCGGAAGCUCCGAGUGUCAUCUGCGGGGAAAGAUGCUGCAUCCCGUUUUUGGAAUUGCUCAACCCGUUGGUACACGGCGCCGCUUCCUGGUCUCGGGAGGUGGUUCCUUUCUUAACCCACAAGAACCUCUCCCAAGAGAACUUAGUCCUGAUGUCUGACCAUGGAGAUGUGAGCCUCCCGCCCGAAGAACGGGUGAGGGCUCUCUCCCAGCUGGGUAGUGCGGUAGAGGUGAAUGAAGAUAUUCCACCCCGUCGGUACUUCCGCUCUGGAGUUGAGAUUAUCCGAAUGGCAUCCAUUUAUUCUGAGGAAGGCAACAUUGAACAUGCCUUCAUCCUCUAUAACAAGUAUAUCACGCUCUUCAUUGAGAAACUACCAAAGCAUCGAGAUUACAAAUCUGCUGUCAUUCCUGAAAAGAAAGACACGGUAAAGAAAUUAAAGGAGAUCGCAUUUCCCAAAGCAGAAGAGCUGAAGGCAGAGCUGCUAAAACGAUAUACCAAAGAAUAUACAGAAUAUAAUGAAGAAAAGAAGAAGGAAGCAGAGAAAUUGGCCCGGAACAUGGCCAUCCAGCAAGAGCUGGAAAAGGAAAAGCAGAGGGUAGCACAACAGAAGCAGCAGCAAUUGGAACAGGAACAGUUCCAUGCCUUCGAGGAGAUGAUCCGGAACCAGGAGCUAGAAAAAGAGCGACUGAAAAUUGUACAGGAGUUUGGCAAGGUGGACCCUGGCCUAGGUGGCCCACUAGUGCCUGGCUUGGAGAAGCCCUCCUUAGAUGUGUUCCCCACCUCACCUUCAGACUGUCACACAGCUGUAAGGCCAGCUAAGCCACCUGUGGUGGACAGGUCCUUGAAACCUGGAGCACUGAGCAACUCAGAAAGUAUUCCUACAAUCGAUGGAUUGCGCCACGUGGUGGUGCCCGGGCGGUUGUGCCCCCAGUUUCUACAGUUAGCCAGUGCCAACACUGCCCGGGGAGUGGAGACAUGUGGAAUUCUCUGUGGAAAACUGAUGAGGAAUGAAUUUACCAUUACCCAUGUUCUCAUUCCCAAGCAAAGUGCUGGGUCUGAUUACUGCAACACAGAGAACGAAGAAGAACUUUUCCUCAUACAGGAUCAGCAGGGCCUCAUCACACUGGGCUGGAUUCAUACUCACCCCACACAGACCGCGUUUCUCUCCAGUGUCGACCUACACACUCACUGCUCUUACCAGAUGAUGUUGCCAGAGUCGAUAGCCAUUGUUUGCUCCCCCAAGUUCCAGGAAACUGGAUUCUUUAAACUAACUGACCAUGGACUAGAGGAGAUUUCUUCCUGCCGCCAGAAAGGAUUUCAUCCACACAGCAAGGAUCCACCUCUGUUUUGUUUUCUAAGCCUGUACUUCAAUAAGAGAUUUGAAUGUAAGGAAGAGAAGCCACUUAAGAUAGAGCUGCAGCCAUGUGACUGUUGUGGACAGAGCAGUGACCAUCACAGAUCUUCGAUGAGCGUUUGAGCCCAACACUUUCUAAGAACGACAAAACCGUAUCAAUGUACUGUGGCCCCUUAAUUUAAGCUUUCUAGAAAGCUUUGGAAGUUUCUGUAGACAGAAUAGAAAGGGGCCAUCACCUGACAAAGAGUUGAUUUUUGCAUUUAAGGUUUGAAAAGAAAUAACUGAACAUAUUUUUUAGGCAAGUCAGAAAGAGAACAUGAUCACCCAAAAGCAACUGUAACUCAGAAAUUAACUGUAAAGAAUGGUAUAAUGAACCCCCAUAUACCCUUCCUUCUGGAUUCACCAAUUGUUAACAUUUUUUUCCUUUCAGCUAGCCAUCUAAUUUCUCUGCCAAUUUGUUUUUAUUUACCUCUGGGCUCAAUAAGGGCAUCUAUGCAGAACUUUGGAAGCCAUUUAGAAAAUCUUUUGGAUUUUCCUGUGGUUUAUGGCAAUAUUAAUGGAGCUUAUUACCAUGGUGAGGGACAGUUCACUCCAUCUGACCAGAUGGUGAGGCUAACACAUCCCGAAGAGUGAUUUUGUCAGGAAUUAUUGUUAUUUAACAAAUAUUUUGGGAUAUUUUUCCUCUACAAUAAAAUAACAAUUAACUUA